AUGGGGAGAUUGACAUAUUCAGCUAGAAAAAUUGGCGGCAUCAAGGCCGGCCAAGUCGUGUCCAAAGAUCUUAAAAAGCGCAUCCCUCCUGGCAUUGGUUCCAAAGCAGCAGCUCGCGACCCGACUCUCGAAAUCGACUUGACCGGCAAGUGCCUAACGGACGAAGGCUUCUCGCAAUUCAUUGACGACCUGAUUGAAUGUGUCCGCUACCGCGAUGAAGCGCAUCCCGUCGGCCUCGCAAAAGUCACGGAGUUCCAUCUCCAAGGGAACAAUCUCACUGUCCACUCGAUGGCAAAGCUCGGCGAAAUAAUCGCGAAGAAUCCAGGCGACUUACGCGAGCUGGAUCUCUCGAACAACGACAUUCGCGUGGUAACCGCAGAGGAGAAGGAUAUCUGGAAGUCGUUCUUGUGCUCUUUCAAGAACUGCUAUGUCCUUACGAAGUUGGAUAUUUCCAGGAACCCGCUUGGUGUAGCAGGUUUGGAGAUUCUUGCGAACGUUUACAUCAAGAGUGACCUUGAAUACCUUGAGGCCGAUGCCGAUGCUAUUGUUCGGGAGAACCUUGGUCUCGCUCAUGAUGAAGACUCAGCGCUUGCGGAAGAAGCUAACACGCUCAAAAUCGGUGAGAACAGCUCGAAGGAGAACAGUGAUCCUCGCUCGGGCACGGGUCGUUCGAAGAAGUCGCCUAACAAAGGUGGGAAGACUGGUAAGCAGAAUGGAACUCCCGCUGCAGUUACCCCUAGCAAGAGCGUUGCCCUCGUCGAUCUUAAAAAAUACGCUUGUACCCGCGGUCUCCGUUCCGUACCCUACUUCAUUCUAUCGAGUAUUGAGCUCGAAAACAGCAGCGCUAUCCACCUUUCACGCAUACUCGCCACUCAGCGCGCCUCUGAACAACUCCUUACCUUCCUUCCCCCGGGAAAAGCAUCAGCCAUCCCAGAAGCCGCCGAAGAGGGAAAGAGCAUUAUCUGGCUGCCAAACAAUAGUUUCGCAGCUACAGCUAGGCGCCUACUCGAUGUUACUGUGUCGAUUCUCGCCCACAAGGCCAAGGACCAAGUGCAGGAAGCCUCGGAUGUCGAAGGUCGUACUGACGAAGAAGACGAAGACACAGAGACUGACGAAGACACGAAACGCAAGAUGCAAGGCAAGCUGGCGCUCGAGCUCAAGAGGCUGACCAAGCGUGUGCAGCUAGAAGCGCUUAAACAGGAAGGCGUUCAUGCUAGCGAUAUUGGCAUCACUGCACUUAAGAUGAUGGUUGUUUCUCGUGCUCUGCUUCUCGAGGAUAAAGACCGUUUUGUUGAGAAUCUUGAGCCGGGACAAACUCAGCUUGAAACCGAAACUCUUGAAGGAGCUACAGAUGAGGAACAGGUGGAGCACGAUCUAGGCUACGUUUCGGAAGAAGAAGACACCCUCGUUGAGCAGUCGCCUUCCCCUGUCGAGUACCUCCCCGAGCCGCAGUACACCUUUUCCCAAUCUUUCGCUGCUGGGCCCUUCCUCCCCGGUGCCAAGCUGUUCGACGAAGAAUUUCCGGCUCUCCAGUCUAUGCGCCAGGAACGACGGCAGCCCCAGCCCUCCGCCAAGCCCGUGACCCCCGAGCCUGAAAUAAAGGAAACACUCGCAGCAAGCCCUCUCACCGUUCUCACUUCCAGCCCUGGCCGCCCAGCCUCCUUUGAUAACAGCACCAAGGCAAACACCCCUUCUGUCACUACCCAACCCACUCGUUCCUGCAAGAGCAAUGUGCGGGGUAGUGGCGCGCAAAAAGCACGCAAGCAAACCUGGCGCUUCGGUCUCCCGACCGAAAUAUGGCGGCGCAUCAUCGCAGAGGCCGUAGGGGCUGAGGGUGUUCUUGAUCAAGAACAGCAGCAGCACAUCAUGCAGUAUGCCGCUGACUGGGACGCUGUAGCAUAUGAGCUCACAAUCAAGGGCGCGGAGGACCAUCAGCAGAUUUGGAAAUUCCUCCACACUGUCGGUUGCUUAACUUAUUCGCCUCUAACUUGA